CCCUAACUAUGAAUGUUAUUCAUUUAUUUCUUUAAUGUACUUACAAUUGCAGAUUGGAUCCUCUGAAAGUUUUAUUAUGAGUAGUUGUGUGAAACCUCAAAAACAAAGUGAGAUCAAUCCAGUGGUUCUCCUUCAUUCCUUUGACAGUUCUUGUUUAGAGUGGAGGUGCGCAUACCCCCUGCUUGAAGAAGCUGGUUUGGAGGCUUGGGCUGUUGAUGUUCUUGGGUGGGGAUUCUCUGAUUUAGAAAGGCGCCCACCAUGCAGUGCUGCAUCCAAGCGUCAUCAUCUCUAUCAGUUUUGGAAGUCCUACAUCAGAAGGCCAAUGAUAUUAGUUGGACCAAGCCUUGGUGCUUCGGUUGCAAUUGACUUUGCAGUCCACUAUCCAGUAGCUGUUGAAAAGCUGGUUUUAAUCAAUGCAAGUGUGUAUGCAGAAGGCACUGGAGACCUGGCAAAGUUACCUAAAUUCUUAGCCUAUGCUGGGGUUUCUUUAUUGAAGAGCAUCCCUCUACGCCUUUAUGCAAAUUUGUUGGCCUUCAAUGGCAUUUCAUUAACUACAACCUUUGAUUGGACUAAUGUUGGCCGUUUACACUGUUUGCUGCCUUGGUGGAAAGAUGCAACAGUCAGUUUUAUGAGUAGUGGAGGCUACAAUGUUAUUUCCCAAAUAAAACAGGUGAAGCAAAAAGCACUUGUGAUUUGCAGUGAGCAAGAUCAUAUUAUCAGCUACAAACAAAUAUUGAGGCUACGCUGUGAGCUUCCGUAUGCAAUCAUGCGGCUAAUACCAGAUAGUGGUCACCUCCCUCAUGUUGAAAAUCCCACCUCUGUUGCGAAACUAAUUGCAGGGUUUGCUCAGAACGAUCGUUGCUGAGGACGAGACUGUUGCAGAAUUUGUUGGACUUGUCCUCUGCUACUAAGAGGCCUGUUCUCCUUGGCAAUAGUGAUGUCUUUCUUUGUAACACUUCUUUCCAUUUGCAGUGCUUCUGAAUUUCAGAGGAUGCCACCUCAGAAUUAGAUUUCUUUUAUGUUUGCAAUGUGAAUCUGAAUAACCGAUGGAACAGUUAGCCAAAAAAUAGGAUGAUAUAAGGAACAAUAAAUAAUUAAUAUUCCUCUCUCCUUUGGCACUGAUUUUUCAUGAUGUUUGAUGCUCUAUAUGUUUUAUCUGGUUUGCUUCUA